UAUUUCCAUCCCGUCAUAUUCUUUCCGAGCAACUUUAGCAUUCAAAGGGGACGCGAACAGAAAUUUCUCCUAGGGUUUUUCUGCCACUCUUGUUCUCGGGGGAAGAUGGUAUUGUCAGAGGAUGAAAUCAAGAGGUUGUUACGAAUCCGAAAGACGGUCAUGCAGAUGUUGAAAGACAGGGGCUAUUUCGUCGGAGAUUUUGAGAUUAAUCUGUCGAAACAGCAGUUUAUUUCCAAAUUUGGCGAAAACAUGAAAAGGGAAGAUCUUGUUAUCAAUAAAGCAAAACGUAAUGAUAACUCUGAUCAGAUCUAUGUUUUCUUUCCUGAAGAGGCCAAGGUUGGUGUCAAGACAAUGAAGACGUAUACCAACCGCAUGAAAUCAGAGAAUGUAUUCCGGGCCAUACUGGUUGUGCAACAGAAUUUGACUCCCUUCGCUCGAACUUGUAUUAAUGAAAUUUCUUCAAAGUUCCACUUGGAGGUUUUCCAGGAAGCAGAGCUCAUGGUCAAUGUGAAAGAACAUGCUCUUGUGCCUGAGCAUCAGGUACUUACUAAUGAGGAGAAAAAGACUUUGCUUCAUAGAUAUACUGUGAAGGAAACACAGCUGCCUCGUAUCCAGGUGAGCGAUCCGAUUGCAAGGUACUAUGGGCUGAAGCGUGGGCAAGUCGUGAAGAUAAUACGACCCAGUGAGACAGCCGGUCGUUAUAUCACUUACCGAUAUGUUGUGUGACCAUGUACCCUGUUAAAUAGUAAUGUCCUACAUUUAGAUGAUGAAUUUUUCCAUAAAAAGAAUCAGACCUAAUUGCCCGGUCAUCUUAAAAUCGAGAUGUGUUCAAGUAUUCAUGUA